GAACAGACGAGCCCCGCACGAUCCGCACGCCCCGCACGCCCCGAGCCGCGGGACCAGCGCCGCAGACAUGGAGGACAUUCUCCGGAAAAUACACAGAGACGCGACCGGACACAGACACAAAGGAAUACGGGAAGCGUGUGUGUCCGCCCGCGAAAUACUGGAGACUCAGAGAGGAUCAACCAGAGCUUCAGCUUCUCAGCUCCGGCAGUGUUGUCUGCUGCCUCUACAAAUGGCUCUGGAGUCUAAAAACACUAAACUGGGACAGACGGCGCUCACUGGGAUGCAGAAGCUCCUGUGUGAUGACAGGUUUGUGGGCGGGGUCGGCGUGGAGGUCCUGGAGAAGCAGCUGCUCAGCCAGAUGUUGGAGGCCAUCAGAAUCACUCCGUCCCUGAAUGAAGACCUGCAGGUGGAGGUCAUGAAGGUCCUGCUCUGCAUCACCUACUCACCGAACUUUGAGAUUAACGGAGACUCCAUCCUGAGGAUCGCUGAGGUGUGUAUCGAGACCUACCUGUCCAGCUGUCACCAGCGCAGCAUCAACACGGCAGUGAGAGCGACGCUGAGUCAGAUUCUCGGAGACCUGACGCUGCAGCUGCGACACCGACAAGAGGGUGCAGACGGAGACGAGGUGACAUCACUGCCGCUGCAGAGGAAAGAUGUGUCCCCCACAAGUCAGGCUCUGUGUGAAGACGUGGUGACAGUUCUGACAGUUUUCUGUGAGAAGCUGGAGUCAGUCAACAGUUACAACCAGCUCCUGCAGCUUCUCUACCUCGAGUGCAUCCUCUCCAUGCUCAGCAGCUGUCCUCCCACAAUGCACCUGUCCAGAGGUUUCACCGACCUGGUGUGGAAGCAGCUGUGUCCGUCCCUCGUGGCGAUCAUGGGAAAUCCCGUCAACGACAAAACCAUCGCCUCCCACCAUGGCCACCUGGGGGCAGCAGAGAGAGAGCGGCUCUCAGACAGACUCAGUCACGGAAUCAACCAGGAGGCGGAGCCCUGCGGGGGGGGCGUGUCGGAUCAGGGCAGGGGGUCUGGCUGCUCCUCCAGCCCCCCCGCCAGGAUCGCCCCGGUGGUGAGGACGGUGUGUUACAUCGCCGCAGAGCUGGUGCGUCUGGUGAGCUGCGUGGAGUCGAUGAAGCCGGUGCUGCAGUCGCUCUACCACCGCAUCCUCCUGUACCCCCCCCCCCAGCACCGCACUGAGGCCAUACGCAUCAUGAAGGAGAUCCUGGGCAGCCCUCAGCGACUCUUCGACCUCGCUGGUCCAGUCGUUGCUGAACCUGAAACCAGGAAGCGCUCGUUCUCAAAGAGGAAGUCGCACCUGGACCUGCUGAGACUGGUGAUGGAUGGGAUGACGGAGGCCUGUGUGAAGGGAGGUAUCGAGGCUUGUUACUCCUCCGUCUCCUGCGCCUGUGCUCUCCUCAGAGCGCUGGACGAGUUGUCCCAGGGCCGCGGCCUCCAGCCCGAGCAGGCGCGGCUCCUCCUCAGCCGAUUGGACGAGCUGAAGGACGGGACGGAGUCGACUCGUGAGUCCAUGGAGAUCAACGAGGCCGACUUCAGGUGGCAGAGACACAUCCUGUCCUCCGAGCAGGACCCUGGCCUCUCGGCCCCCAGCAUGUCCACCACUGGGACCGCCCCUGGGGCCGCGGAGCGCAGCCCCGACAUCAGCAUCAGCAUCACCACGGAGACGGGCCAGACCACCCUGGAUCUGGAGGCGGAGGGGCUUGGCCCGGGUCGUACCACUCCUGAGGAGUGUGGGGAGGACGCUCACCUCCCCUCGCCCUCGUUCUCCAGAGACCAGGAGGCCGCCCAGCGUGAGCAGAGCGCCGAGACCAACCAGCUUCGGUGGCGGGUGGAGGGGGGGGGUGCAGGAGAGGUGGAUGAGAGGGGCGAGAGAAGAGGAGGGGGGGGCGUGGUUCCUCCAGAUGUGGUCCAGCGGAGUCAUGCCCUCGUUUACCCCGACAUCACCAACUUCCUGUCUGUGGAGUCCAGGACGAGGUCACAUCCUGCCGGAGGAUCCCGAUACAGCGAGAGCAACUUCAGCGUGGAGGAGCAGGACCUGUCGCGGACAGAGUUCGACUCCUGUGACCAGUACUCCAUGGCGGCGGAGAAAGACUCGGGCCGCUCCGACGUGUCCGACAUCGGCUCGGACAACGUGUCGCUGGCGGACGAGGAGCAGACGAGGAGCGACUGCCCGGGUCAGCGCUCGCUGCGCAGCGCCGCUCUGUCCCUCAAGCUGCUCCGCCACCAGGAGGCCGACCAGCAGAGCGCCCGGCUGCUCGUCCAGUCGCUAGCGGCGCUGCUGCCGCGGCUGCUGGGCCUCGCCACCGCCGCCGAGGUCGACCUGUCACUGCAGAACUUCUCCUCCAACUUCUGCACCGGACUGCAGGCUGGUGGGAUCCACUCCCCAGGCUUCGAGGCAGCCGACACUCUGAGCUGUCAGUCUCUGAUGAACGCAGACGGUCUGUACCUGGUGUCCUUCUCCGCUCUGCUGCUCAACCUCAAGCUCUGCUGCUGCGACUACUACAGACGGCGAGCGCUGACCCCCCCCCUCGGCCUGAAGGAGUUUGUGCGUCUGAUCCAGAGCAGCGGCGUCUUCGUGGUUCUCUCUCAGGCCUGGAUAGAGGAGCUCUACCACCAGGUGUUAGAGCGCAACCUGCUGGCCGAAGCUGGGUACUGGUGCUCACCUGAGGACCGCUCCCACACGCUGCCGCUCAUCACCAUGCUGACAGAUAUCGACGGCCUGGGCAGCAGUGCGAUCGGCGGUCAGCUGAUCAGGCGGCCGUCCAGCCAAUCACCGUUCAGCUGCGACAAGUCGAGCAGCGACAGCGUGGCGGCAGGAGCUGUGUUCUCACGCUUCAUCCUCACCAGUGUCUGGAAGAACCUGAUGGACGUUCUGUCCACGCCGCUGACGGGCCGCAUGGCGGGCAGCUCCAAGGGCCUGGCCUUCAUCCUGGGAGCCGAGGGCGUCAAGGAGCAGAGCCAGAGAGAGAGAGACACCAUCUGCCUGAGUCUGGACGGCCUGAGGAAGGCCGCCGCGCUCAGCUGCGCCCUCGGCGUGGCAGCAAACUGUGCGUCAGCUUUAGCUCAGAUGGCGGCCGCCUCCUGUGUGCAGGAGGAGAAGGAUGAGAAGGAGGUGGGAGAGACGGGAGACGCCAUCACACAAGUGAAGCAGCGUGUGGAGCAGCGUCUGGAGCAGAUUGGACGCCCUCAGGGAGUUCGUCUCCACACGGCUCACGUGUUGUGUAUGGACGCCAUCCUGAACGUAGGACUGGAGAUGGGGAGUCACAACCACGACUGCUGGCCGCACGUCUUCAGGGUGACCGAGUACAUCAGUUCACUGGAACACACCCACUUCAGUGACGGCUCCUCCCAGCUGUCGUCUCUGACCACCAUCACGCAGCAGGGCCAGCAGGCGGGCGUGGACCUGGGGCAGGAGCUGAGCUGUGAGCCCGGCCCAGAGGCCUCGGAGCUGGUCCUGAGUCAGCCGGUCAUCCAGCCUCUGUCCAUCCAGGAGCUGCUGAGGGAGAGCAGCCGGGGGGGGCGCGGCCUCGACCUGAGGGGCGGGAGCCUGAUGACCGGGACCGCCGCCGCCAAGGCCGUGUGCACGCUGUCCACACAGGCCGACAGGUUGUUUGAAGAAGCUGCCACCAAACUGAACCUGGUGGGUUUGGUGUUUUUCCUGCAGCAGUUGAGGAAAGCGUCUCAGUCUCAACUGUUCGACUCCGUCACUGAGACCGGAGACUAUUCACUGGCAAUGCCAGGAGAAGCCAAGUCGACGCUGGAGCGCCGCAGCGCCCUCCAUCUCUUCCGAUUGGGCGAGGCCAUGCUGCGGAUCGUCAGGAACAAGAACCGACCUCUGCUCCACAUGAUGAGGGCGUGGAGCGUGGUGGCGCCACACCUGGUGGAGGCGGCGUGUCACAACGAGCGCCAUGUUUCCCAGAAGGCCGUUUCCUUCAUCCAUGACGUCCUGAUGGAGGUCCUGACGAGCUGGGCGGAGCUUCCACACUUCCAUUUCAACGAGGCUCUGUUCAGGCCGUUCGAACACAUCAUGCAGCUGGAGCUGUGUGACGAGGACGUGCAGGACCAGGUGAUCACGUCCAUCGGCGAGCUGGUGGAGAUGUGUUCUCCUCAGAUCCUGUCAGGGUGGAGGCCUCUGUUCAGCGCCCUGAGGACGGUGCACGGCAGCAAGACAGACACCAAAGACUAUCUGCUGGGAGAGUACUCCAUGGGGAAGUCUCAGGCUCCGGUGUUCGACGUCUUCGAGGCGUUCAUCAACACCGACAACAUCCAGGUGUUCGCCAACGCCGCCACCGACUACAUCGUGUGUCUGAUGAAGUUCGUCAAAGGUUUAGGGGAGGUGGACUAUAAGGAGAUCGGAGACUGUGUCCACGUGUCGGGUCACAGCUCCACUGACCUCUGUCUGCCAGCUCUCGACUACCUCCGAAGAUGUUCACAGCUGCUGGCUAAGAUCUAUAAGAUGCCGUCCAAACCCGUGUUCCUGGGGGCGCGGCUCGCCAGCCUGCCAAUGAGAUCGCAGGAGCGCUCUGUCAGCAGCGAGGACGGGAUGGACUGCGUCCUGCAAGAGUUUGAUGACAACACAGGUCUGAUCCAGGUCUGGAUUCUGUUGCUGGAGCAGCUCACAGCUUCAGUUUCCCACUGUCCUCGAACGCAUCAACCUCCAGCUCUGGAGCUGCUGUUCAGCCUCUUAAGAGAAGUCUCUGUCGUACCAGGUCCGGGGUUCGGCCUCUUCGCCGUCAUCCAGCUGCUACUUCCUGUGAUGUCACUGUGGCUGCAGCGGAGCCAUGGCGACCACUCCUACUGGGACGUGGCGGCGGCAAACUUCAAACACGCCAUCGGUUUGUCAUGUGAGCUGGUGGUGGAACACGUCAACAGCUUCAUACACUCAGACAUGGGCUACGAGUCUCUGGUCCACCUGAUGCUGAAGGACAUGUUCAAGCUGCUGGUGUCGUGUGUGUCUGAACCGGCGGAGACCAUCUCCAGAGUCGGCUGCUCCUGCAUCAGAUACGUGCUGGUGGCGGUCGGCCCCGUCUUCACGGAGGAGAUGUGGCGUCUGGCGUGCGUCGCGCUGCAGGACGCCUUCUCUGCCACGCUGGAGCCCGUCAAGAACCUUCUGGCCUGUUUCCACAGUGGAUCCGACAGCUUCUCUGGAGACGCCUGCGAGGUGAAGGUGGCGGCUCCGUCUCAUUCGCCCUCAGCUGAGGCCGAGUACUGGAGGAUCAAAGCUAUGGCUCAGCAGGUUUUCAUGUUGGACACUCAGUGUUCUCCAAAGACGCCCAACAGCAAGGACGGCUUCGAGCACGCUCAGUCCUGUGUCCUCAUCAUCGAGCUGCCGUCCGACCAGCAGGCCAACGGACACACUCAGAAGAGGAUUCCGUUCCGCACCAUCGUGGUGAGUCUUCUGUCUCAUCAGGUUCUGCUGCAGAACCUCUGCGACAUCCUCCUGGAGGAGUUCGUCAAACAGCCCGAGGGUCAGGACAGGGUCACGCCUGUGACCUCUGACCCCGGCAGACCCACGGCCGGCUUCCUGCGCUACAUCUCCAUGACAAAUCUAGCCAUAAUCUUGGACCUGCUGCUGGACUCUUACAGGACGGCGCGGGACUUUGACACCCGCCCGGGUCUGAAGUACCUGCUCAUGAAGGUGUCGGGUGUUUGUGGAGCAGCGAAUCUUUACCGCCAGUCGGCCAUGAGCUUCAACCUGUACUUCCAGGCUCUGCUGAGCGCCACCCUCAGUCAGUCCGAGGGUAUGACGGCUCAGCAGGUGAAGAGGAUUCUGUACGAGGAAGAGGAGGGAAGCUCUGACUCCUCCCACCCCGGAUCUGCUUCUUCAGAGGACGAAGACAUCUUUGAGGAAACGGCUCAGGUCAGUCCUCCUCGCGGCCGGGACAAACGUCCCCCGUGGCGAGCGCCCGUCCCGUCGCUCAGCGUGCAGCCGCUGGGCAGCGCCGACUGGGCGUGGCUGGUGAAGCGUCUCUACAAACUGUGCAUGGAUCUGUGCAACAGCUACAUCCAGAUGCACCGCGACCUGGAGAGCACGCUGGAGGAGGCGGCGCUGCUGAGAGGAGGGGGAGGAGACCACAUAUUCUUCCUGCCUCUCUUCCAAUCAGAGACUUCUACCCCGACGUCAGUGGGCGGGCUCUCGGCCAGGGAGACGCCGUCGGAGGAAGGCGGGUUCAGGUGUCAGGUGGCGGACGUGAGCGCAGCAUCACCAGAAGCCACGCCCACGCAGGCUUCAGGAUUCAGCUGCACAGGAAGUUUGCCGCAUCACUUCCGGCCCGGAGGGGAGCGGAGGGACUCCGGCCUCCCAGCGAGCUCACCGGGGGGGGGGGCUGGUCCGGGCAGGAGACAGGAGUGGUGGGAAAAAGCCGGGAACAAACUUUACACCAUCGCCACCGACAAAACCAUCAGCAAACUGAUGAUGGAGUACAAACGCAGGAAGCAGCAGCCGCAGCCGCAGAGCCACGUCAACCUGUUCAUGAAGGAGCAGGGCCGCGCCCCCCCGGGGGGAGGGAGGGGGCCCGUGGAGCCCCAGAGGCCCCCGCAGAGGCCCCAGCAGCUGGUGGACCAGCAGGGGCCGCCACUGAGGCACUCGGUCAGCGCAGGACCUGAAGUCCUGAGGCAGGAGAGGAGGCCGAGGUCUGGAUCCACCAUCAGCUCCCACAGCGUCUCGCUGAGAGACUCCGAGGCCCAGAUACAGGCGUGGACCAACAUGGUCCUCACGCUCCUCAACCAGACGCUCCUCCUGACCGACGCCUCCUUCCUGGCGCUCCAGGGGGCGCUCUACCCCUGCCUCAGCCAGCUCUCAUGCCACGUCACAGACGGCCGGGUCCGCCAGGCGCUGCGUGAUUGGCUGGGUCGGGUGGGCCGUCUCUAUGACAUCACUGUGUGAGGCUGAAGGACGUAGAGACACAAAUCAACGGGGCUGCAGCCGGACGCCAUCUUUGCCUUCGUGUGGAUUUGAGGCAGACAGUGACAUCAUCAGAUCUUUGAAAGAUGAUUGGCGGACACAUGUGACAUGAGAUGAUCUGAUUGGCCGAUGGUGUAUGAAUAUAGACGGAGACUUUGAUGUGCAGUGCAUUCUGGGUCCUGUAGUUCAGAGCCACACGUCUCGUGUCAUGUUCAGGCUUCUUUCCGCUUCUUGUUUUCUCGGCCGCUGUCUGUGGUCAUCAGGCGUGGGCGUCGCUGAAGCUUCAUGAGGAUCUGAUUGGUCGGUGAUGUCACUGACUGAUGGAUAUUAUUGGUUGACUAUAGACUAUUAUCGUUCUAUAAAUUGGCAUGAACAGGUCCGCUCGCUGCUUGUUACCAUGACGUCAUGUGACCAUGUGGCUGUGACAUCAUCAGAACUGAGCAGUGGCUUCUGGGUAACAUGUCGUCUUUUCAUCAUAAAGUCUGAAACCUGCUGACACUAAACAGAAUGUAAACGCCAUGACGUCACAAAUAUGUUAAUUAGCUUAUUACUUCUUCAUCUCUGUCUGGGUCCCUGCUGGUAGUGAUGAUGAUGAAGAUGAAGACACGGCUAUUUCUUCAGAGUGAGGCAUCUUCACGUGUGAUGCACUGCUGAGGAUCUUUGAUCUGUAUGUUUAAAUCUCAGUGAAGUUUGAUUCUCACAUUUAUUCUACACGUGUGUAUGUGAACAUGUUUAUUUAAAUGUUGGUUGUUUUAAAUAUUUCCUGUUGAG